GUAAGAACGUAUGUACUAAUAGGUGUCGCGUUCACAUUUACGAGUGAGAUUGGCUUCCUCUUUGCUGUGCGACCAAACAUUUUCCGACGUGAGGUCAAUCUGAAACCGACAGCUACAGGGCAGCACAGCAAGCCAAGAAAAGUCGCGGACAAAGCUAGUCUAUUUCAGAAAGCUCGACCGUCACUCUUGCAUAACAGGCACGCACGUCCAUUGCUUUGUCUACAGAACUUUCUGGACAUUGCUAUUAAACUUGUUGUCGCCCUCCUCUCCCUACAAGGACCUGUCAUAAUCUGGGUUGAUCUCCCACCUACAACGACCUCUUCACCUAGCUAUCGCGGUUUGUGAAACAUUGGCCACUUGACACAGGGUCCACGUCUAGGCUUCUCGCCAACUACACACGUUCCUACAAUCACACAUCAUGUCGACCUUCGUCGCCAGUCUAUUCUUGCCGUACACGGUAGACUUUCACGAUGAACCAGAGGCCCCUACAAGGUCGAAUCCGCAGAGGAUGCACAGUCGAGCAGCAUCCGCAACUGACAUGAAGACCCUUGCGACUUCAGCGGCAAGUUUAUUCAGUGGUCCUCCUCCACCUCCUAAGACUCCUGCCGAGGAGAAGAAGGAUGACUUUUUUUCCCAAUUGCAAAAUGACCCUCGCAUCAAGCCCAGUGAUCCGCGCUCACUUGCUCGUACGGAGGCAGCUCCUCCGGAGUGGGGUGCCGCUGGUCAGUUUUUGAAUCAGCCCAAAUCCACCGCUGGGCCAUUACCGUCUGGUAGCAUUCUUGACUACGUGAAGUCGGAGAAAAAGGACCCGGAAUUACUAGCCAAGUACACUGCUCAGAGGAAACGCAGGCCCACCGUUGGUACUUCGCGCAGAGGUAGCAACGAACGAAAUUUCGCCCGUAAGACCUGGACUGUAGAGCCUGCCAUCCAAGGAAAUGGUGGCUUGAUCAACGCCAUCCGUGCUCACGAUGCCCUGAGAUCUGACGAAGACUUCCAAAAGAUCUGGGUUGGUACCCUAGGGUUCCCUACUGAUGCUCUUCUCGAUUCCAAGAAGGAGGAGAUAUCAGACAAACUCGCCAACGAAUACGACGCUGUAACUGUUUUCCCUUCGGAUCGCGAUGUUGAUGGGCACUACACUCACUACUGCAAAACGAUUCUCUGGCCAGUCUUCCACUAUCAGAUCCCUGAUCAUCCUAAAAGCAAAGCCUAUGAAGACCAUUCCUGGGAGUUCUACAGGAACGUCAAUCAGAACUUUGCCGACAAGAUUAUUGCGAACUAUAAGCGAGGCGAUGUUAUCUGGGUGCACGACUAUCACCUUCUCCUUGUGCCUGGUAUGAUUCGCAAAAGGUUGCCUGAUGCUCAGAUUGGUUUCUUCCUCCACGCAGCCUUCCCAUCCUCAGAGGUUUUCAGAUGUCUUUCAACCCGUACAGAACUACUUGAGGGUAUGCUCGGUGCCAACCUCGUGGCUUUCCAGACUAAGGAAUACGCCCACCACUUCCUGCAGACUUGCAGUCGUCUUCUCACAGUCGAAGCCACACCUGAGGGAGUACAGUUGGAAGAACGCUUUGUGAAUGUCAGCCAUGAACCCAUCGGUGUUGAUCCCGAGGGUAUGGCAAAGGCUAGAGAAGAGCCUGAGGUGCAGGAAUGGAUCAAGAUCAUCCAGGAGAGAUACAAGGGUAAACACUUGAUCGUUGCUCGCGACAAGUUAGACAAUGUCAGAGGUGUCAGACAAAAGCUACUUGCUUUUGAGUUGUUCCUCAACAAAUACCCCCAAUGGCGUCAAAACGUUGUCCUCUUACAAGUUGCCACCUCUACAACGGAAAACAGCGAGCUCUUGGCCACAGUCUCGGAUAUCAACACCCGUAUCGACUCCGUUCACUCGACGCUUGCGCAUCAACCUUUGGUCUUCUUGAAGCAGGACAUUUCUUUCUCACAAUACGUUGCACUGCUUACUGUUGCUGAUGUCAUGAUGAUUACCUCUCUCCGUGAGGGUAUGAACCUGACAGCUCAUGAGUUCAUUCUGUGCCAGGACGGUGCUACAACUGAGAAGAAGUUCGGCCCUCUAAUUCUUAGCGAGUUCACUGGUAGUGCCUCGGUCUUCGGUGGCAAUGAGAUCUCUGUCAACCCUUGGGACUACCAGAAGUGCGCCGAAGCUAUCAAGCUUGCUCUCGAGAUGUCGCCCGAAGAGAAGGAGCGUCGCUACACCAAGCUUUCAAGUGUGGUCCACAAACAGACUGGAGACUACUGGACAACCCGUCUGUGUGACUCCCUCGACAAGGCGUCCAAAGAACAAUUCUCUCGUGACGCGAUGUCGAUCCCCCGUCUGUCAGUCAGCGCACUUGCUCAAAAGUACAAGGAUGCAGAACGCAGAGUCUUCAUCCUGGACUAUGAAGGCACACUUGCCACUUAUGGAACAGACAAGGACGUUGUUUUGACGUCUCCUCAGCGUGUACUUGAUACACUGAACGAGCUGUUAUCUGACAAGAGAAACAUUGUCUACGUAAUGUCUGGCCGUACUCCUGAGGAGUUACAGCGUCUCUUCCGCCAAGUGCCUAAUCUUGGUGUGAUUGCCGAGAAUGGAUGUUUCUUGCGCGAAUGGGGUGCUGCCGAGGAUGACUGGACCGCCUUUGCGGAUGUUGAAGCAAGUGCUGCUUGGAAGAAGGACGUCAAGUCAAUUUUCCAAUACUACGCCGAGCGUGUUGAAGGAUCGUGGAUUGAAGAGCGCCACUGCUCUCUCGUCUUCCACUACGAAAAGGCUGUGGAUCCCGAUGCUGCUCGUGCUCAGGCAGGAGACUGUGCCAACCACAUCAACGACAGUUGCCAGAGUUACAGAGUGCAAGCCAUUCCCACGAGCAAGGCAGUCUACGUUGAAUCGCUUGACUGGAGCAAGGGCUCAGCAGCUACAAACAUCUUUGAUAAGCUUCGCGAGAAUAACAUCGAGGGCAAGGGACGCUCACCUCCUGACUUCCUACUGGUGGCUGGCAACGAUCGCGAGGACGAGACCAUCUUCCAAUGGGCCAACAACCUUUCCGAGCAGGGCAAGGUUGCCAACGUCACCACUGUCAGCGUUGGAAAGCGCAACACCCAAGCCAUGACUACCAUCACCCAAGGUACGACAGGCCUCAUCAGCGCCUUGCAAAAGCUGUCAAACUACUCAUAUGAGAGUGCUCCCGAAGGAUCUGGCGGCCGUCGCCCAUCAGUUCUCCUUACUACUGGUUCUUAGUUGAAAUCUUCGGCCUUGUGACGUCCCGGAUGCUUUUCGCCUGAAGGAGUAUGAAUGAUGGUUUCUGUUUCGCAUUGUGACACUAGUUACUUUUUGUGUUUUUUUCUUUUUUGCUUUCCACAGCGCCUUUUAGUUCUUCGCCCUAUGCAUGUCACGAGGAUAGAUGAGUAGGCCAAUG